AUGAUGACUAUGGACAUUAGCAUGUACGGGCAGCACGACCAACCGCACGCCAGUUCGUAUCAUCACACGACAACGGAUUCGGUUUAUCAUCCCUAUUAUAACACCAACGAUGCCGGAACUGGAUACGGGCAAACAGCUCCUAGUUAUCAUCAAUCAGUAGGAUAUCACGAAACGUACCACCAUCAUCAUGAUGGUUAUGGUACGCAAAUAUUAUACGAUGGAUCGGGAACCUCGCCGCCUCCUGACACGCAUUUUUACAGCCAAGGUUCUUUGGGUCAACUCGGCUUGCACCUCGAAUCACCGACGGAUCCCAUCAUCAGCACAGAUAACGGUCUGAGUUAUACGAACCUUGAUUAUAACAACGGAGGCACGGGUAUUAACAACGGACCGAACGGUGCUCUUUACCCGCACCCGGGCAAUCGACUUCAACCAGCAUCAUCAACACAACAACAACAACAACAGCAACCACAUUUGCACCACACGCCUCAUCAGCAACACCACAUAUCGCAUCAGCAAGUAUACGCAAAACAAGAAUGCCAACAAAAAUUGGCACAACCUCACGGACAACAACCUCAUGAACAACCUCAAACAGUUGCGUCGGGGACACCACACAAUUCUCACUCUGUGACCACAUACAGGUGGAUGCAAGUCAAAAGGAACGUACCUAAACCUGCAGUAUUAUUAGAAUUAGAAAAACCCAGUGGUUAA